GAAAAUAGAUGGCUCUGAUCACAAUGCGAUAACUUUUGACCUUUCGCACUGCCGUACAACAUAAACUGUAGGAGAUAAUAUCAGUCAUUUAUCGCCUGGUAUUCUUAGAUUGUGAGUGGAGGACAGUUUAGCUUCAGAUCGAAAAAAUGUCACAGCAGUUCAAGGACUUCAUAUCUGGUGGAUUUGGUGGAAUAUGUCUUGUUGGUGCAGGGCAUCCACUGGAUACCAUCAAAGUUCGUUUACAGACUAUGCCAAAACCUGCUCCCGGUCAGUCUCCAAUGUACACGGGAACUUUAGAUUGUGCCUUAAAAACUAUACGAAAAGAGGGCAUUCUAGGAUUAUAUAAAGGAAUGGGAGCCCCUAUAGCUGGUGUCACUCCAAUGUUUGCCAUCUGCUUCUUUGGAUUUGGUGUAGGAAAGAAAUUACAGCAGAAAACUCCAGAUCAACAACUAUCUUAUUUGCAGAUUUUUAAUGCUGGUAUGUUGGCUGGGGUAUUUACAACUGUGAUCAUGGCUCCUGGAGAAAGAAUCAAGUGUUUAUUACAGAUUCAGCAAGCAGCAGCACCUAGUGAAGCCAAGUACAAGGGUCCAAUUGACUGUGCCAAACAGAUUUAUAAAGAAGGGGGAAUUAGGAGCAUAUACAGGGGAACUGCUGCCACAUUGCUCAGGGACAUUCCAGGUAGCGGGGUUUACUUUGUGAGCUAUGAGUGGAUGCAGCAUAUGCUCACACCAGCCGGGCAGAACCGUAAUGAUCUCAGCCCAUUGAGAAUUCUAGUAGCUGGAGGAACGGCAGGAAUUCUCAACUGGAUGGUAGCAAUUCCGCCUGAUGUUCUGAAAUCUCGAUUCCAAACUGCUCCACCUGGCAUGUACCCAAAUGGCAUCAGAGAUGUUUUUAAACAACUGAUGAAAGAGGAAGGCAUACUUGCUUUAUACAGAGGAGCUACACCAGUUAUGAUUAGGGCUUUUCCAGCCAAUGCAGCAUGCUUCCUGGGUUAUGAGAUGUGCAUGAAAUUCCUGAACUACCUCUUUUGAUGACUUGUAAGGCAAUUCCCUUUCAGGCAUAGUGAACUGCUCAGGUGGCAUGUAAAAUUUAACUUCCCUCAGGGACCAUGUACAGUGGAAGCCAUUGGGAGUAAAAGGUUAGGCACAAUUAUUCAUACCCACCAGUGCCUUAAUGACUCAUUACAGAAGUGAUGUUAAUACGAAUUAAAGUGACAUAGCAGGGCGAAGAUUGCAACAGUACUGCUAUAAAAGUGCCCCUGACCAGACUGUUUUAGUAGAACUGCAAUAUACUUAUAUUCAACCAGUUUUGUACAAAAUUGUAUACAAUCUGUAAUAUAAAUAAACUAAUUUAAAUAAUCAAAUGCACUAUUACCUUACUAAAAGAGACCAAUCAAUUAAUCUGAAGCCUUAAGUUGUGCGGGGUUUAUAAUGUUUGUAUGGAUGUUGGUUUCAUGCUUCAAGUUCGUUCAUAUAGGCUUCUUUAUUGAAGCACAGACUGAUAAUGCAAAGUUAUACAUGUGAUUAUGUAUCACAAAUAUGUACAAAAGAUAUUGUAAAAUACUCUAUGUAUUCCUAAUGCAAGCAAACAUGUAUGUGUUUAUUCAGGUGAAACACACCUGUGAUUUAUAGGUGUUAUUAAGUUUUUAUCUGUUCACUUGAAUAAUUACCAGAAUAUCUUUUUACAAUUUUAAUGAUGUGAUAGUACAAUAGUUAUUCUUGUUUUUACUGCUGAAUUCUAACACUGUACAAAUAACAAUACAAAUAUAUAGAUCUCAACAUCUAUUUAUUCAGAAGUAGUAUCUAUACCGAAAUGUCGCUCACUGAAUAAAUAAAAAUAAAUAAAACAAAUUUAAAAAAAAUACUUGGCAUUUUUUUACCAAAAGAGCAAUAUGAAUAUGGUAAGCACAAGGACAUGUGGGCAUAUUGGCAUUAUGCUUCAAAUGCGUUUCUGUGGGCCCCAAAAUAAUUGAGACAUGAGCAGAGAUAUGCAAAAACAUUUGUAUCCUUCAGGGGCCCAUUUCACACAUCACAGGUAGAGUGAGGUUCAUGUAACUUCCAUUUCGACUGGUAAACACAAACUACCAAAAAGUGGCUUGUUUAUUUCUGGCUAACAGGAGUUCUUUGGUAAACUGUAGGCUAAUUGGACAAUGUCAACUGUGGCAAGCCACUACUGUAUACCUACAUGCAGUCAGUAUCACUAUGGUUACAUUAGUAUAGACUGUCAGCAGUAUACUUGGAUAAGCAAUAUUGAUUGGAUGGGAUGUUGAAGUUCCACAAGAACCUGAUAGAAUCAAACAUUUUUUAAUGAAACUGUGUUCUACUGAUGUCAAAAAUAUUGUAAAUAGAACAAUUUGAAAAUGCAUUUUUGCACAACAUAUUUUUACUCUGAUGUGCAGCUAUGGUAUUUCAAAAUUAAAAGAAUGGACUGAAAAAGUAUGUGUUGAUUUUGCUUAGUAAUGAUACCCACUUCUUAUGAUAUUUUCCUUUAGGAGGGCAUACAGAAUUAACAUUGGUAGUCGAGAUACAUCCCAUAUCUGUAUUCUAAUUUCGCAUAUUGCACUGAUACAUAAACUUCGCCUAGAUUUGAUACCACUUACUGGAUGUAAUCAGAAUUAAUCAUUUCUGUUUCA